CUAUUUUCCCCCUCUCAUAACUAGUCACAGAUCUAAUGCCUAUGAAUCUAUUUAAAACCUCCCGAGGAGUCUAACGUCUCUACUUUGCCUCCUGGUAACGCAUCCUGAACCAGUCAUUCAUGAGUUGAUCCAAACCCCUCUUAAACCUGCUGAUAUUUUCAGUCUGCUCAAAUUAAAUGAUCAGAAAUUCCACAUUUCUCACCUGCGGUAUGAAGUUUCCUUUCGCUUUGGACCUGUCACCUAGCAUCAUUGGGUGCCUCCUGGUCCUCGUGUUGCAGGAAUUGAUCAGACUUUCUGCGACCAACUGAUGCAAGACACACCUUUUCUAAUAAGUAAUGGCAGAUUAAGUGAACAGGAGGUUGAUAAAAUUAUCCUCCAGCUAAACAGAUACUAUCCACAAAUUCUCACCAAUAAAGAAGCAGAAAAGUUCAGAAAUCCCAAAACAUUGCUCCAUGUACGUUUGAACCACUUGCUAAACCAUCUUCAGAAGAAGGGUGAACGUGAUUGUCAGGAAUUCUACCGAGCUUUAUACAUCAAUGCCCAACAUCAAUACAACAGCUUGCCAAGCCGGAAAAAUAUGAAAACCUCAGAUUCCACAGAGAUAGACACUGACAAGGAGAAAUAUAAUCUAAAUGACAGGGGUCCCAUGUUCUUCCUUGCUUGUUUCAGUAUGGCUGCAGGAUUAGCAUUCUUAAUGUACUACCACCAACCAGAUCCCAAAGUCUUCAAGGGUGCCAGAAGGGUAAUGGGAUUCUCCCCAAUUAUCAUAGGAAAACAUGUCAGUCCUUAUUUCUUGGCAUUUUUGGAAGACAACUUGGAGCAGUAAGGGACACUUGCUUCCAUCCAUCUCUUCUGCAUCUUUUGGAUCUCCUGCCAAAUGCAAAACAGCAGUACCUGUAUUUACAGCCUACCCGAAAUUCCUAUACCAAAGAAUUGGUUACCUUACUCUAGCAAUGAAGAUACUAUUCAGGGGUUUGUUCCAAAGGUUAACUCUACACCAUCUGCUUUUUCUGUUAGGAGCGGAUCAUUUAUUUUUUUAACUUUUUAUUUUAAAAUAUUUAUCACUUUGAUAGUUUUUCAACCAUAUCCAAAAAUGUUUCAAUGUAUAGACUAUCCAAAUAUUUAAAUAGGUGUAGGUCUCCAUAGCCAUCUUAACAUGUUUUUUGUCUUUUUUUAAAAAGAUGUAAAAGUUUUGAGGAUUUGUUUAACUGUUUCUUAAAGGUCAAUUUUACAAGGACACUUUAAAGACUACCAAAGGCCUUAUUAAGCAUAGGACAGGUGUUUUUCUGUAACUGGCCCUUCUGUCCAUGCACCAGAAUCUGAGAGAUAGGUAACUAGGUCUUAUUCUGUGCCACGAAAGCAUGGCAGAGCUUCUUAACUGCCUCUUGUGUCUGUUCUUAGUCAGUCAGUCUUUAUUCAGGGAACCUUGUUCCAAAUACCAACCUCCAUUAUUGUCCAUUAAACUGCAGGUGAUCAUUGGUAAAGCUGGUGCCAAGUCAGAUGGACCUACCUUGUUGAUUCUUUUGGGCACUGACUCCAGCACUUUUCCAUGAUAGUAAAAGACAAUCCUGACAAUGAAAGUUUUUUUUUUUUCCUGAGAUGGGAAACUGAGUGGGAAUGUGCCAGCAGGGUUUGGCAUGUUUCUGAGAAGGAUGUGUCUGAAAAGGACCGCCAUGAAUAGUUCAGAUUAGCAGCAUACCCAUGAAUAGCAGAGGGAGCAUAGAGUGCUUUGUUUGGGUAUAAGUAGGGUGUUUUCAGGACAUCAAAAGUAUUUUUAACUCUUCCACAUGUACCUGUUUUGCAACAGGUAGGUUGAAUUAAUUAAGUCAGUCAAACCUAAUCAUUCUUUUGUUACUGCAGCAUGAAGCCUUAAAACAAUAUCUAAAUAAGCAAAAAGAGUUUGAGAUGUAAAAGGAGGCACAGCUGUCUAACAAGGUUUCAAAUGAGAGAUUUUUCCAGAGUAUUUUUGCUUGAAUGGAAAUUCUUACUUUAAAAAAGCCAAAGGCUGUUAGCUUUUGGUUAGGAAUCUGAUCUUAGGCCUAUUCAUAAACCUGUUUGUCCUUCAAGUUUAAGGUCAUACUUAGAGGAAAUUGAGGCAUAGGGGAAAAUCCAGAUAGACAAUUUGGCAAAGUGCAGUGCAGCACUUGACUAUCUUUAGAGGGGAUGUUGAUUUUAAUUGUUUUGGUGUGAGCUGUAUGCACCAGCUGAGAAUGGUAGGUGUUAGUUUUUUGUAGGGUAAAUUGAGUUAUUGGGAUUGCUUCACUUAAGGGAAAACUAUGUCCUCACCCUGGUUAGCAAAGAGGUAACAGGGUGACAUCUCAUUUUCUUUUUCUUCCAAGUAUCAGCUUUAAAAAACCACAGCAUGGUGGCAAUGGCAAGGUAUCUUAUUCCAGAAACUCUUUUAGACUUUUCUCCCACCUGCCUUUAGCUUAGUGUAAUUUUUAAAUUCCAGCAGUUGGACCUAAGAUAAAAACUAUGUAUUAAAUACUUUGGCUAGUGUAGCAUACAUAUGGGUAUUACCUUUCAAUACACUUCGGAGAAGCAGCGUGGCUCAAUGGAAAGAGCCCGGGCCUGGGAGUCAGAGGUCAUGGGUUUGAAUCCCCACUCUGCCACUUGUCAGCUGUGUGACUCUGGGCAAGUCACUUAACUUCUCUGGGCAAGUCACUUAACUUCUCUGGGCCUCAGUUACCUCUUCUGUAAAAUGGGGAUUGAGACUGUGAGCCCCACGUGGGACAGGGACUGCGUCCAACCCGAUCUGCUUGUAUCCACCCCAGUGCCUGGCACAUAGUUAAGCACUUAACAAAUGCCAUAAUUAUUACACACUCACACUUAUGAUAUUCUUGACAUGAAUAGCUUUGUCUUGGCAUAAUGGCAGGGAGGAGAGAAGAGGGACAGAUAUGAACUUUCAGUAAACCUCAGAUUUCUCUGCAUUACUAAAAAUGACAUUCAAUUGUAAAGUGAAAUAUCAAAUUUGAAGGAUACAGUCCUGCACAAUGACCCAGACAAGAGCACACAAUGUAGAAUUUUGCACUUCAGCAGUAUAAGCAUUUCCAAAUUAAUGUGUGAGAUUUCAAAUUGGGAUUUCAUUUUCCCUCAAGUAGAAGGAAGAUGAAGUGUGGUCAUCCAAGCUCAUAAAAUUCUUAGUAAUUUAAACAGGAUGGCAUUACCAAUGUUCCACAAAAUCAAGCUUUUGUGCAAGUGAUCUCUGUAGUCUCCUGACCAACAAGGGUAGAGAUUAAAUGAUCACUGGGACCCUCCUGUUAGACCACUGUUAAAUUUCUGCACAGUAGUCAUAAUUGCGACAACAGGCCAGAACACCCUGAAAACUCUUAUACUCACUGUCUAGGAAACCACCCAAAGAAAAAUGGGAUUUUUCAUUUGUAUGAUUUCCUAAGAAGGGACUAAAUUUUUCUCUGCCUCUCUCCUGAAGUCUUUAGAUUUUGAGCAAAAACCAAAUAGCACUUUCCUCAGCCUAAAAUGACCACUGAUAUAGUCUUUGCUUAUCAUAUAAAAAUACUAAAAUAAAUCCCCCACAGGACUUAGCAUCUAUCGGUCUCUGUAUGCCAAAAUGAUUUUCAAAAAAAAAAAUCCAUGUGAGUCGGCCAUUUGCUAUUUGUGCUACAAAUGUUUCAUGAGGUUGUGUGAUCUUAACCAAAUGAAAUUUAACACAGGCAAAAUGUGAUGUAAUGCUAAACCUCUUCUCUCUGGGUAUGUAAAUCACCUAUCUUAGAUGUUGUCUCCUAUAUAGGAUACUGUUCAACUGUAACUUGUGAUACAUUAAUACUGAAUUGUAUGUAAAGUUAUUUUAAUAAAAAAUAAAUGUUUUUAAAGAUGACUUCA